AUGCCGCUGCCAAAGCGCUGUGUGGAGCCGGUGCACGUGUCGCGCGGCACUGUACCCGAGCGCCUCACCGUGCCUUCGGAACUCGAAGCCGUCACCAACGGGACACUCGCGAAUACUGUCAGACAGUUAUCAUCAUUGUCUAAGCAUGCGGAGGACAUGUUCGGAGAGCUGACGCGCGAGGCGACGGGCUUGGCGGAAAGGACGAACGUACUACAGGCGAGAAUAGAUAGGCUCGCUAUAAAAGUUACACAGCUGGAUUCUGGAGUCGAAGAAGUAUCGCUCCAAGACAUCCAAAUGAGAAAGGCCUUCCGUUCGUCCCGCACUUUCCAACAACAGCUGUUCUCACGGACAACUAUGCCUUCAGCGAUGUUAGCUACAUACGCGCGUUGCGACCGACCGCCGCCACUAGAGAAACUAAACGAGUUUAGAGAUGAUGGUCGAGAUGCUAGAAAGUUCUACACUGAUCCAGAUUACUUCUUCGAACUGUGGCGCAGGGAGAUGUUGCAGGAUACUGAGAGGAUUCAGCACGAUAGGGGGAAGAAGGUGCGUCAGCCCCGCAGCGGCGCGGACGGGCGCGGCACGCGGCGCGUGCGCGUGCCGCACUCCACGCGCGACCGCCAGAAGGCGGAGGUGGUGACGCGCGGCGAGCACAUCAUGGCGCCCAACCAGCUCAGGAGAUACAACAUUGAACAGUAUCGACCCGACCCGCUCUAUCAGACAACAACAGUAACCGACGGAGGAUAUCGAGCUCCCCAAAACCAAAGGCCGCCGUCGUCACAGCCCGCCAGACCAAACUCCAUCGAAAUAGAGAACCAGCAGAAUAGAAGACUCACUGGGAAUGGACAUGUAAUGGGAGAGGAGAGUCCAUACGGGCCGGUAGAGCCGAUAUACGGCGGCAGUAUCGCGGGCACGCCGCGCCGCGCGCGCCCCUCCAUCCCGCCGCCCGCGCCGCCCGCGCCCCUGCAGCCGGACACGCCCCCGCACCAUACGCCUACUAGAUCAACACUGCCACCGCCUCCACCGCCGCCUGAGAGCACGUCGCCGCCGCCCGUCCUCAACGGCGCGUCGCCCCCGCACCGCACCGCCCUCGACGCACACCUCGAUCAGAUGCAUGCUGUUAUCGGGAUGAUGUCGAACGAGGACCUCCCACCGCGCGCUCCUACGCCUCCGCCCGCGCCGCCGGCUCCUCCCCCGCCGGAGGAGGAGCGCCCCAGGCCUCCGUCGCCGGCCUCGCUCCUGCGCGGCGCCUCCGCCCUGAAGCCCCCGCGCCCCGCGGCCGACCCCGCGCCCGAUCCGCGCUCGGAUCUGCUCAAGGCUAUACGUGAAGGUAUAAAACUCCGCAAAGUAGAGAAGCGUAGUGAAGAGAACACGGGCAAGUACGACACGCUGCGGGGAGUGCCCGCGUUGCUCGAUGUCGCCUCCAUCUUGGCGCGGCGGGUGGCGGUCGAGCAGAGUGACACCUCCUCAAACGACUCCGACUCCGACUACGAUGAGGAUGAUGGUCACAUCCAAAUCAAACACCCACCAACCACACAGAAUGAUAUCACGCAAGAUGAGUGCUAUGUGAGAAAUUCCUCAUUUCUAAGUCGAGAUAUUGAAGCGCAGAAAAUUAAAGUUGAAAAGAGCAGUCCGCCCAAAAAUGUACCACCACCACGGAAGAGUAGUCUCAUCAAGGAGAUUUCGAAGGAUGGUUCCAGCAGUUCUAAUUCCCCUGCAGUUAAAACGCCGUCGCCGCCUGAUAUGAAAGUGUGCUCACCGCCUAAGGAGGUGGUUAAUAAAAUUAAUCAUCUUCCAUCAUUCAGAAAUGAAGUGAAACAGAUACAGAAAAGUGAAGUCAUUUCACCGCCGGUUAGUAAAGUUACAUCUCCGCCGCUCAAAAAGAUAGUGUCGCCGCCAUCGAAUAGAGAUUCCCCUCCUUCAACUAAAAGUGAGGUAGUUUCACCCCCAUUUAAUAAGGGUGUGACGUCCCCACCCAUAAAUUCUUUUAAGUUUAACAAAACUGAUUCUAAAUCAGAUGAAAAUAUCCUCGCAAACAAGAAGAAAGAAACAAUACUAGCAAAAGAAGCUCCUAUUAAGUCGGAGAAACUGUCGUUAAUAACAACUUCAAAUGAAAUUUCAGAUAAAGUAACAGAGAGUGACGCUAACACUAAUGCUAAUAAUUCUAAUAAUAAAACUGGUGAUGUAGAAAACGGAGAUAAAACUGUGAAAGUUGCCGAAUCAAAUGGAGUAGGAGAUAAGAUAAGGAAAUUCGAGAAAGCAGCAGAAGAUGCCAGUGCAAAUGCUGGAAGGUUAUCCCGACCAGGCUCAGUUCGUGGCCGCUCUCGUACUGACAGGCUUGGUUCCGAUAGCAAAGAAGAUCUGCCACCUCCUGCCACGCCCUUCAAAGAUCACGUGUUUUUUGAUCUUGGGUAUACUGAUAAAAGUACCACAGAACCUCACGUCCCAAACAAUACAGAGCCACAAGAGAAGCAAAUCGUAACUAAAGGUUUAGUAAACUCGGCAGCACUAAAAUGGCAGCGUAAUGAAGCACCCGAAGAGAAGAUACAAAAACCCGAACCGCAGAAAAUUAUCAAGCCCGAGUUUAAACCGAUGCCGUCUCCCGUAGACGUGACUAUCAGGUCGCCCAGCCUUGGCUCUAAACUGCCAGACCAGUUUCCUUCCCAUGGAACCGCUUUCCGCAAUGUAGCAUCCCCUGACACUGCCCGUCCUUCACACAAAGUCAACGAAGAUGUAAAUACUCAAAAUUAUAAAUGUAAACUUAAAAAUAAAGAGAAGUACUCCGUCAGCAAAGGGUCAAGCUACUUCACGAGAGGAUCAGAAGAAAUAUGGCUCGUAAAGAAGAAGGAUAUAGAGGAAAUUGAGGAGAGAGUUCUGGACUCGUUUCGUCGUGCUGGAGGGAAUAUGUGCAUGAGAAGUGAAUCGAUGCGGCCUUCGUCUGAUAGUGGGCAAAGCACAGCGUUUACACACGCUACAAUGGGUCGUACAAAACGGCAAAUGUACGGUCGGAGCGAGUCCCUAGACCCUCAGUGGGCUGGAACUAGAGCGCAAACCUUAAAACGUCAGUCUUCAGUAGCGUGCACAUGCGGCCAUGAUAAGAAGACUCGAGCCAAAAGCGUCGACACCAACCCCCGACCCCGCUCCCGCUCACACGGCGACGACAACAACCAGGCCCAUGUCCUAGACAAGUAUGAGACCCUGGUA